UGUGUGUGUGUUUUUGUUUGGUCUGGCCAGCACAGCUACAGUUUGAUUUUGGAAUUUCGAAAUGAACACCGAGUGGUUCUAGACACAGUUUUCAAUUGUGUGUCAUGUCUGUAGAGCAGGACAUCUGCCCUUCAGGAUGCCCGUUCAGGGUAGCGUCCUCCUGGAAGAGCAAGUUUGGUGGCGGUCUUCAGGCCAGUGAUGUCUUCACCUCUCAUCCAAGUCCGCCAAACGAAUGGGUUGAACACGCAGUUGUUGCCCCAGCUGCUGAGCAUUGCUUAGUGGAAAGAUCCGAGGAGAACGACUGUCCAUGCGAAAUAACCAUCUUUCCCGAACGUGGACAUCGGCUAUCGGGAUUUCUGGCUGUUUGUGAUGCUCGUCGCGUGGAGGUGUAUGCGGAUGGUGAAUACUGUGGCACUGCCAAAGGGCAGCUUGAGGCACUGCAAGACACCGUAGAGGUGGCAAGCGUGUCGUCGACCACCACCUCGCCGUAUGUGCUGGGCAAAGUCUCUGUGUUCUUGGUAACCCUACCGGAGGAGAACUCCACAUGCCGCGCAUGUCGGGUUCGCUUCGUGUCGCUAACCCGAUCAGAUUCUCUGGUGCUGUUCUCAGUGCGCGUGUCCAUAGCACCCGUCGCCUGUACCAAUGGCAUCCAGCCCUCCAUUAACAUGGCAUCGGUGGAGCGAUGGAUUGACCAAGUGGGCGCACCACGCGAUAAGCGUGCUGAGGCUCUGCUAGAUUCCGUGCGUCGCUAUCAGGAGAAUCGCUCGUCGGUGGCCGGUGAGCUGCAACAGAUGGUGUCACAAUCGGCAGCAGCGGCUGGAAGGGACGGCCAGGGCAACCACAGUGGUGGUGGUGUUGCAGGCCUUGCCGGAAUGGCGCAGCUUCUGUCCGGCAUGAAUCUAGCAUCCCUGGCACAAAGCGGCGGUGCAUCGUCAUCAGCGGCAUCUGGUGAUGCCUUGUCCAGUGCGAUAGGCAUGAUGCUGCCUCAUUUGAAGCCAGUGCUUGACUCUAUGGCACCUGCUAAGCAACACCAGCCGCCUGCAGCGGAACACACUGCCGCACACCAGGAUGCCGAAGCCGAUAAGAGUGCUGAUACGCUUACUGCUGCUGAUGCCAGGCACCCAAAUGGCUGUGAUGCGGUGAGAAGUCCUGAACAAUACGUUGCUGCCAGUGAGCUGGUAGAGAUGGAAAAGCGGCUGAAGAAUCACAUUGAUGAGCGCUUUGACGCUAUGCAACAGCUGUUUGAGCGGCAAUUCUCAGCAUUGCAGCAGCUCAUUACAUCUGCAAACAGCAACAGUAGUAGCACGGCGCUGGCAGAUGCGAGCAUACGCUCAUCAGCUGCAUUGCCACACGCGGCAUCAGUUUCUGCUGUGGCGCAAUCCAACGGUACGUCUGUUCUCCCUGCAACAGGCUGCUCUUCAACCAGUGAGAAGAACACGGCUGCCACAAAGGUGAGUGGUGCAGCCGUUGCUGACUCAAUAUCCGGACAGCAGCACGGAGGAGGAGGAGGAAGCUCGGCGGGCAAGACAGCCGGCGGCAGUGCUAACUCCAACGAGGCCAUGCUGCAGUCCCUGAUGGGAAUGUUCAAGACCAUGCGACCGGCGCCACCGGCUGCUACUGCAACAACCCACCCUACUACUAACACAGCAGCCAUUGAUCAGACAGCCCCCUCGCUACCAGCUACGUCCAGUGCAUGUACCGGUAUAUCGGAGAAAAAUCACGAGGAUCCUGACUGAUCAUCUGCCAACAAUGCCAGCGGUGGCCGUUUGAAUUUCUAUUCUCUUUAGGUACUCGUAAGACAAUUUUAUCUCGGGUCGAAGUAGUGUCUCAAUCCUGUCCCCUGGUGGGAUUUCUUGUUUUGUGUCAGUUUUAUGAAAUCACCAAUCAUGCUUUCGGGAAAAAAGCAUCAGCCGAUGCUGGUGAUGAUCAUAAUAAUAAGCAGGAGUAGUAAGAUACCGGCAUAUUACUACUCCCUGGUUAUCAUCA